UCCACUGCCAUUCUUUCAAAAUGGCUUGUAAGAGCAGCACUUCCUGUCCAGAGAGGAAGUAAUUUUAGCCCAGGCACUGAAAUAUUUAGCAAAUCUUUAAAACAAAAGGCACAAAUUCCACUCCUUUCUGGUUUCAAAAGGGUGUCUGAGCCACAUGGGGUUAAGGUGCCCCUUCAGCUGGGGUAGUUGGCAGAAGCCAAGGCUGUGGGGGUAGCAGACACCCUUUAGGUGGAGGCUAUCUCUUUUUUUGGUAGAAAUGAAGGGGUGGGUCUAUGGUACAUCACCUGAGUUGUGGGGUAAAUGUAGAGAGUGUCAAUCAAAGGCAGAGCUCAGAGCUGGGAAGGAGCUCUAGAUGGCGGCUGUGCCUUAGAGAGAGCGCGCUCAGCUCCGUGCCUUCCCCAACACUUUACGCAACUUUCCCUAACUUUCGGGCAGCCUCAGGGGGCCCCCACAGCCCCUUGCCUCUCCUAGGCACUAAUCGGGGGCCGAGCGAACCUUUUUCGGGCAGAAAAGCAGCUUUUGAGGGCUCCCUUUUCGUGCCUUGCUGGAAAGAAGAAGCCGUGGAGAGAGCCCAGGUCGUUGUUUUUCCAGCUUAGAAGCCAUGGCGUACCUCCAUUUUUGUGCGCUCUCCUAAUGAGCUUUUUCCCCCGGACAUUUUUGUACUAAUUAUCGCUUCUUUUGCUUUACCGACAGCAUCUUUUUGGGAUUAAGAAUAUCUAGAUUAUUUUUUUUCAUUCUCUGAAAUUCGUAUUUUAUCAUUAUAACUCUAAAAAAAAAUAUUUUGGAUCUAAUGUUUUUCCACUACCCGAAACUAAUAUCGACUUGGUCCUGGCGGCGGUGCGUGGAUCAGUAAAUACCUGGGCACAGGACUUCAAAGCAAACAGACACCCCUGACCCCCUCUUAAUAUUUAAGAAUAAAAAGAUGAUGAGAAAUAAGGACAAAAGCCAAGGAGAGGAGGGUUCAGUCCACAGCAAUGCAUCGAGUCACUCGGCAUCUGAGGAAGCCUCUGGCUCUGACUCUGCAAGCCAGUCUGAAAGCGAGCAGGGCAGCGACUCAAACAGCAGCUCGGAGUCCUCUGAAAGUCAGUCUGAAUCUGAAAGUGAAUCAACGGGUUCAAAAUCCCAGCAGACCCCUCCUGAAACCAAAGAAAAACCGGCCUCUAAGAAGGAAAGGAUAGCAGAUGUUAAAAAGGCAAGUAGUGAAUCUGAAAAUGAGAGCCCCAAAAGAAGAGGCCAGAAGCAAAUGAGGAAAAGAAAUAAAUGGAAAACAGAGGUCUCUGGUGAAGAAGAGGAUGAAGAUGGAGGGGAGCAAGGAACCAGUGGAGAGAGUGAGCCUGAACGGAAGAAGAUUAAAGCAAGAAGACCUGCCCAGAGGAGAACAAUGGCCAAAACCAGUGUUAAAAAGCCUCACAAACCCCAGCGUGGGAAGAAGAGAAGGAGACCAGACUCAUCUGAAGAUGAUGAUGAUGAUGAGGAUGAUGAGACUCCCAAGAGGCAAACUCGACGGAGAGCAGCCAAAAACGUCAGUUACAAAGAAGAUGAUGAUUUUGAGACGGAUUCAGAUGACCUGAUAGAGAUGACUGGGGAAGGAGCUGAUGAACAGCAAGACAACAGUGAAACUAUUGAGAAAGUCUUGGACAUCAGGCUUGGCAAAAAAGGAGCCACUGGUGCUUCCACCACAGUGUAUGCAACCGAAGCCAACGGCAACCCAAGCGCUGACUUUGAUCCGGAAAAGGACGAGGGAGAAGUUCAGUACCUGAUCAAAUGGAAAGGCUGGUCAUACAUCCAUAGCACGUGGGAGAGUGAAGAGUCCCUGCAGCAGCAGAAAGUGAAGGGCCUGAAGAAGCUAGAAAACUUCAAGAAAAAAGAGGAAGAGAUCAAGCAAUGGUUGGGCAAGGUAUCACCUGAAGAUGUAGAAUAUUUCAACUGCCAACAAGAGCUCGCUUCAGAGCUGAACAAACAGUAUCAAAUAGUGGAGAGAGUAAUUGCUGUCAAGACCAGCAAGUCUUCAACAGGACAUGCAGAUUUCCCAGCAAACAGUCGCAAAACAUCCUCGAAUGACCCUGAAUACCUUUGUAAGUGGAUGGGGCUGCCCUAUGCUGAGUGCAGCUGGGAAGAUGAGGCUUUGAUAAGCAAAAAGUUUCAGCACUGCAUCGACAGCUUCAACAAUCGUAACAACUCCAAAACCAUUCCUACCCGGGACUGCAAGGUGUUGAAGCAGAGACCAAGGUUUGUUGCCUUGAAGAAGCAGCCUUCCUACAUUGGUGGGGAGAACCUGGAGCUGCGGGAUUACCAGCUGGAGGGCCUCAACUGGCUGGCUCACUCGUGGUGCAAGAACAACAGUGUGAUCCUGGCUGACGAAAUGGGCUUGGGCAAGACGAUCCAGACGAUAUCAUUCCUGUCGUACCUCUUCCAUCAGCACCAGCUGUAUGGCCCUUUUCUGGUGGUGGUGCCCUUGUCCACUCUCACCUCGUGGCAGAGAGAGUUUGAAGUGUGGGCACCUGAGAUAAACGUGGUGGUUUACAUCGGAGACCUGAUGAGCAGGAACAUGAUACGUGAAUAUGAGUGGAUCCACUCUCAGUCUAAAAGGUUGAAAUUCAAUGCACUUAUCACAACAUAUGAGAUCCUCCUCAAGGAUAAGGCUGUUCUGGGGAGUAUUAACUGGGCCUUUCUUGGUGUGGAUGAAGCCCACCGGUUGAAAAAUGAUGACUCUUUGCUGUACAAAACAUUGAUUGAUUUCAAGUCCAACCACAGGCUGCUGAUCACUGGCACCCCGCUUCAAAAUUCACUCAAAGAGCUCUGGUCCCUGCUGCAUUUCAUCAUGCCAGAGAAGUUUGAGUUCUGGGAAGAUUUUGAAGAGGAUCACGGGAAAGGUAGAGAGAAUGGCUACCAGAGCCUUCACAAAGUCCUGGAGCCGUUUCUCCUACGCAGAGUGAAGAAGGAUGUGGAGAAAUCUUUGCCAGCCAAAGUGGAGCAGAUCCUGCGGGUGGAAAUGUCUGCUUUGCAGAAACAGUAUUACAAGUGGAUUUUGACAAGAAACUACAAAGCUCUUUCAAAGGGAACAAGGGGGAGCACAUCUGGCUUCCUGAACAUUGUGAUGGAGUUGAAAAAGUGCUGCAACCACUGCUACCUUAUCAAACCUCCUGAGGAGAACGAGAGAGAGAAUGGCCUUGAGACCCUGCAGUCUCUCAUCAGGAGCAGUGGAAAGUUAAUUCUCUUGGACAAGCUGCUGACCAGAUUGCGGGAGAGAGGCAACAGAGUGCUGAUCUUCUCCCAGAUGGUGAGGAUGCUGGACAUCUUGGCAGAGUACCUGACUAUCAAACACUACCCUUUUCAGCGUUUGGACGGCUCGAUCAAAGGGGAGAUCCGAAAACAGGCGCUGGACCACUUCAACGCCGAGGGCUCCGAGGACUUCUGUUUCUUGUUGUCGACACGAGCUGGAGGGCUGGGCAUUAAUUUGGCCUCUGCUGAUACUGUUGUUAUCUUUGACUCGGACUGGAACCCCCAAAAUGAUCUUCAGGCUCAGGCUCGGGCUCACCGGAUUGGACAGAAGAAGCAGGUGAAUAUUUACCGCCUGGUCACUAAGGGUACUGUGGAGGAGGAGAUCAUUGAGAGGGCAAAGAAGAAGAUGGUGCUGGAUCAUUUGGUGAUCCAGCGUAUGGACACCACUGGCCGGACUGUUCUGGACAACAACUCUGGGAGAUCCAACUCAAAUCCUUUCAACAAAGAGGAGCUGACAGCUAUUCUGAAGUUUGGAGCUGAAGAUCUCUUCAAGGAGCUCGAAGGGGAAGAGUCAGAACCUCAGGAGAUGGACAUCGAUGAGAUAUUGCGUCUGGCUGAAACGCGAGAGAAUGAAGUGUCCACCAGUGCCACCGACGAGCUCCUCUCCCAGUUCAAGGUGGCCAACUUUGCAACUAUGGAGGAGGAAGAGACAGAGCUGGACGAGCGGUCCCAGAAGGACUGGGAUGAUAUCAUUCCAGAGGAGCAGAGGAAAAAGGUGGAGGAGGAAGAAAGGCAGAAAGAAUUGGAGGAAAUCUACAUGCUGCCUCGAAUCCGGAGCUCAACUAAAAAGGCUCAGACAAAUGACAGCGAAUCAGAUGCAGAAACUAAAAGAAGGCUUCAGAGAUCAUCUGGAUCAGAAAGUGAGACUGAUGAUACCGAUGAUGAGAAGAGACCAAAGCGCAGGGGCCGUCCUCGGAGUGUUAGAAAGGACACUGUGGAAGGAUUUACUGAUGCUGAAAUCAGGAGGUUCAUCAAGGCUUACAAGAAGUUUGGACUGCCACUUGAACGGCUGGAGUGUAUAGCCCGGGAUGCUGAGCUGGUGGAUAAGUCUGUGGCUGAUCUGAAACGGCUGGGGGAACUCAUCCACAACAGCUGUGUGUCAGCAAUGCAAGAAUAUGAGGGGCAGCUGAAAGAAAAUCCAGGUGAAGGGAAAGGACCUGGAAAAAGAAGAGGUCCUACUAUCAAGAUUUCUGGUGUUCAAGUGAACGUGAAAUCCAUCAUCCAGCAUGAAGAGGAGUUUGAAAUGCUGCAUAAAUCCAUUCCCACAGACCCAGAGGAAAGGAAGAAGUACCGCCUGACGUGCCGUGUCAAAGCUGCCCAUUUUGAUGUGGACUGGGGAGUGGAGGAGGAUUCUCGCUUGUUGGUGGGGAUUUAUGAGCAUGGCUAUGGAAACUGGGAGCUGAUUAAAACUGAUCCAGAGCUGAAGCUGUCUGAUAAGAUCCUACCUGUUGAGACAGAUAAGAAACCUCAGGGAAAACAGCUUCAGACACGAGUUGAUUAUCUUCUGAAACUGCUGAAGAAAGAUCUGGACAAGAAAGAAAACAUGAAAGAUGGGGAAGAGGGCAAGCUAAAAAAGAGGAAACCACGAGUAAAGAAAGAGAACAAGGCUCCCAAAGUAAAAGAUGAGCAUGGGAAUGAACUCUCCUCUCCUAGGCACUCAGACAACCAAUCAGAAGAAGGUGAAGUCAAGGAGGAUGGAUUGGAAAAGAGCCCAGUGAAAAAGAAACAGAAGAAGAAAGAGAACAAAGAGAACAAGGAGAAACAGACAACCACUAAGAAAGAAAAGGAAAGCGAUAAAGAGAAAAAGAAGACAAAAGAAAAGAAAGAGAAGCCUAAAGGUGGUGAAGCCAAAUCUGGAAGUAAAGGGAAGAGAUCGCAAGGUCCAGUCCACAUUACUGCAGGGAGUGAACCCAUCCCCAUUGGAGAAGAUGAGGAUGAUGAUCUGGACCAAGAAACAUUCAGCAUAUGCAAGGAAAGGAUGAGACCAGUCAAAAAAGCACUGAAGCAGCUCGAUAAGCCUGACAAGGGGCUGACAGUUCAGGAACAGCUGGAGCACACACGCAACUGCCUCCUCAAAAUCGGGGACCGCAUCUCUGAGUGCCUUAAAGCCUACACUGACCAGGAUCAUAUCAAGCUAUGGAGAAGGAACCUAUGGAUAUUUGUGUCAAAAUUCACAGAAUUUGAUGCCAGAAAACUGCACAAACUCUACAAGAUGGCUCAUAAGAAAAGAUCACAGGAAGAGGAGGAGCAGAAGAAGAAGGAGGACAUGUCCAGCAUGAAGAAGCCGUUCCGCCCCGAGCCCUCAGGCUCCAGCCGCGAUUCCGUGGUGUCCCAGUCUCAUGUGCCUCACAACCCUCAUUCCCAGAAGAUCCACCUGCCCCCUUCCCAUGUCCAGCAGCAGAUGCAUGGGCACCCACGGGACAACUAUGGCCAUCCAAACAAGAGACAUUUCAGCAACUCAGACCGAGGGGAAUGGCAGAGGGAUCGAAAGUUCAACUACGGCGGCAACAGCAACCAGAUGUGGGGUGGGGAGAGGCACCACCAGUACGAGCAGCACUGGUACAAGGACCACCACUACGGGGACCGGCGCUCGCGGGGAGAGCCCCACCGGAGCUCCGGCAACUACAGACCAAACAACCUGUCCCGCAAGCGGCCCUACGAGCAGUACAACAGCGACCGAGACCACCGGGGCCACCGGGACUAUUACGACAGGCACCACCACGACUCCAAGCGUCGGCGAUCCGAUGAGUUCAGGCCUCAGAACUACCACCAGCAGGAUUUCCGCCGGAUGUCUGACCACAGGCCCUCCAUGGGGUACCACGGCCAAGGACCUUCGGACCACUACCGGUCCUUCCACACAGACAAAUCGGGAGACUACAAACAGCCUCUCCCUCCACCUCACCCUGCCGUGUCGGACCCUCGCUCGCCUCCCUCUCAGAAAUCCCCUCACGAUUCCAAGUCGCCUCUCGAUCACAGGUCACCUCUGGAUAGGUCGUUAGAACAGAAAAACAAUCCAGAUUAUAACUGGAACAUUCGGAAAGCAUAAAGUGACUGCUGGGGGAGGGGGGUGGGCACGUCUGAAAUACUUGGUUUGAUGCAACGGUGGCUGGUUUCUCCAAGCCAGCAUCCAGAAACUCUGAACAUGCUGCUAUCAUCUUGUUGGGUCAGGGAGGAUUUUGGGGGUGUAGGUGGAGGAAGAUUUUUUUUUUCCCUUUUGGGUCUGGUUUGGAGUCCCUUUUUCUUUCCCCUCUUCUACCGUUGAACAUUGGAACCAGCCUUGCUGCCUGACUCUUUGUUUCCUCGUUGGUUUUGUUUUCCCCAUUCCAAUGGACCCGAGGGAAUUUUCCCUGGCCAGUGUUUCCCCAAACCUAGAAGGCGGAUCGAUGCUGCUUAGGAUUGUGCAGGAGGCUGUGUGCCUGCUCUGACUCGAUGUUACACGACAGAUGCUGCUUUGGGACUGGGGAUAAACUGGUUGGGCUGGGGCUCUGUGUGUAACCAGUACAGAGCUGGUUAGCACAGAGGGUGUACUGAAGGAGGGACAGGAGAGUCCCUCAGCAGCCAAGCUUGGUUGAAAGGGGGACUCAAUGUCCCUGUGUUUUGACUCCAAAGGAGUUGGAGCUAUGCUGGUAACAAAUGAUUGCUUUCCUGGCCACAUGAUCAUUUCCAUGUCUUUAUCCAUUUCAAGAAACUGGCUCUGCUUUGAUUGCUGUUGUGUCCCCUGCAACAGAAGAGGUGUGAGAGAUCUUCCUCCCAUCUCCAGGGCUGGAACUGGCAAAUCUUGACUCCAGGGGGCUUAAGAAAGAAAAGACUUCCUGACCAAAGACUUAGUUCAGUUCUAACCAGCAGGAAAGAAAUUGGAGUGAAAUCAGUAUUUCCCAGUGGACUGGGCUCAGAAAUUCAUGAUAAAGCUCCUCUUGUCUUCUGACAUGGGCAACUUGGAUGGUCCAGGAGCUAACAGAUGCUGGCUGGGAGCUGCAAGGGCAAAAGAUGGCUCUGGGCAUCUGGGAAUCCUGAGCCUCCUAAUAUCCCUGCCACUGAAGUGCUCCAGUCUUUGGGCAAGUCAUUUCUCUGUGCUUCAUGAAACAGUGAUCACAAACUUUUACUACAACCGAAGGAUACAGGAUGGUAGAGUUAAAUAGGAAUCCAGGGGACUGCUCACUGCUCAGGGAACAAUCACCUUCCUGCCACCACUCAGCAGUCAGCUGAGUUACUCUGAGUUGCUGAAAGUCCUUGCACUGAAAGACUUUGUGUAAAUUGGAAAAGUGCCUGGGGGCUUAGCACUUUAGUGAGCAGGGAGAGAAUUAGGAAUUGGGGACUGGGUCCUUAAAAAUCAUUGGAGAAAAUGUCUUAGGAGCCCACCGUGUCAGAGGGAAAAGAGGAGUCCUUAGCCCAGCUCAGUGAACUUCAGAGCAAACACUCCUCCAAGUAUUGAAGCCACAGCCUGGACACUUGACGGGUGUGAUGUGAGGGGUUGUGCACGGAUUGCUGGCCACAAGUAGCUUGGGUGAUUGUUUUUCAGGAUCUAGGUCUAUGUUCAGAGAAUCCCAUCCCUGGAGCUUCCCCCUCCCACCGGGCUGCCCAGAGAUGUGUUACCUCCCGGAGCUCAGUAUUAACAACCAGGCAGUUCCAGGCUCCUCCUCUUGGUGGGGCCUUCUUUCAAGUUGCCAGUAUCUGACCCUAAUAAGCUGUGAUGUCCUUUCCCCAAAAGACUUGAGGGGAAAUGGGUGUUCAGGGCUGGCUUCCUGACUCCAGCCAGUGCCUUGAAGGCCCCCACAAACAGACACUAACACCCCCAUGUCCCCCCUAUGCAGGGCAUCCCCUGGAGUGUCCCUUUGGAGCCUGCUGCUUUAACAGGACACAUGGGAGGGGGUUUGCUCACCUUUUUGUUUUUCCUUUUGCAAGAUUUCCACCAAAUAUAGGGCAGUUUUGCUUCUUUUGGGGCACUGUAGUGCCCCGAGAAAGUGUUACACUCAUGUUUACCUGUGCAGGAGGAGGUGAAGGCAAGUCUUCCACAGCCCCCGUGGAGCUGCUGGGAGGUGCUGAGGUGGCACGUUCCCACAGAGUUUCUCACUAAGCUGUGAUUGCAGGUGCACUUGCUGUGGUAUUCAACAAAGAGGUCCUUUCUUUUCAGAGGUAUUAGCUUUUAAUGUGAAAAUGGAAGAAACCUCGUCGGGGGCAAAGAGAAUUGCUCUCUGUGCUCACCAAGUGGUGCUGUGGUGGUGGAAAGCUCGUGCCAUACAGCUUGUAGCAAAAGACCAGUGUUAUGGGUUGGCACAGGGAUAUUUUGUACCCCAGCAAGAGGCAUUUUUGUGUCCAAAUGUAGGGGGUUCUGCUCAUCCUGAGUUCCAGGUGUAAGGUUGAUUGGGGUUUUCUUGGGUAAAGCUUUUGGUGUUGCACAUUCUCACUGAAGAGCCGUCGCCGUGGUUCACCUGACACUGAAGUCACACAGUUCCGGUCACUCACUGUGGGUGGGUCUUCGUUGGGUUUGGCUUUAAUGAAGCUGGAGAACUAAAUCUGGGGGGAAGUCCUCCCUGAGUGUGUGUGCACACAUGUGUGUUUUACAUCCCCUCAACACAGGGACCAUAACCAGCCACGGUCAUUGGGACGUGAGUGGGAUCGGAGGGGACAGGUCCACAGCCCUCAGCUUCACCGCAGUGUUUGGUCAGCACCUCUUCCUUCCCAGCCACCUGUGGCAUUCUCUUUAGCCUCUUUGCAGGGAAAAAGUAGCAACUUGCUGGGUUUUUAUUUAAAAAGCCAGAGUUUUUCAGCCUGCCCUUUUUGGAAGGGAAGCCCUGCAGACUGAAACCUGCUGCAGGGACAGGCCGUGUGGUGCCCAACCCAAAUGGAUUCUUCACAGCCUUCCAAAGUUCUUGUGUGAACGGUUCAAGUGAUCCACCUAAAAAUACUAUCCUGCUUUCACCCAUUUCCUCCUGAUCUCCGCCUCCCCUCUGGGGAGAGAAGGACUCUUACUGUAAAAAUGUGGACUUUUAAACCUGUUGACUAAAAACAGUAAUUAAUAUUUAUAUUUGUGAAAAGGAAAAAAAAAUGCCACUGUCCUAGUGAUUUCUGAUGUAAAUAUGUUGUUUAUAUAGUAUGUAUUAAAUUUUCCUACAUUGUAAAA